CAUUUCAAACAGGGUAUCUCAAUGCUCAAGCAAGUCACCAGAAGAGCACAGUGGGACAUACAGUGUUACCUUGUUGCUGUUAUCACAAAUGCUGCACCUCCAGGCAUUGUCAUAGCUGUCCAUGUGCUAAUGGACUUCCAUUACUUAUCUCAAGCAGUAACAAUUGACAAGAAGCAAUGUCAGAAGACCCUCAAUGCUCUCAAGAUGUUUCAUGACCACAAACAUGAAGUUAUCAUGCACAGUGGGCAUUGGGGUGCCAAGAGCAAAAACAUCCUUGACAACUGGUACAUUCCAAAGCUCAAAAUAAUGCAAAGUGUUGUGCUGAGUAUU